AUGGACAUAGAACAUGCAGAAAAUGAGGGUGAUGAGGUAGGAUAUGCAAAUUAUGAGGGUGAUGAGGUAGGACAUUCAGAUGAUGAGUAUGAUGAGGUGAUACAUACAGAUAAUGAGUGUGAUGAAACCAUUGAAGAGCCAAAGGUUGGAAUGGAAUUUUCAUCGAUAGAAGAAGUUUGGUCUUACUAUAUGAAGUAUGAUAAGCAGAAAGGGUUUGGGGUCUGUAAAAGGAAUUCUAAACAAGGAGAUGAUGGAAAUGUCAGAUGGCUUACAUUCGUAUGUGUGCGACAAGGCACAUCAAAGAGUAAGGCUGCCAAUAUUCUCAAGCUAAGACAAACAAAGAAAAUAAGGUGUAUGGCUCGGAUUAAUGCUAUAAUGAAUGCCGAAGGUGGAUAUACCCUAUCUAAAGUAAACUUGGAGCACACACAUAUUUGUAGUCCUAGAAAGGCAAGAUAUAUGAGAUGUUUUAAGAAGGUUGAUGCUCGUGUGGCUAAGAGGCUCGAAAUAAAUGAUGAGGCAGGAAUACGAAUGUCCAAAAAUUUCAAAGCUGUGGUUGUUGAGGCAGGGGGUUACGAGAAUUUGCCAUUCGGGGAGAAAGAGUGUCGAAAUUACAUUGACAAAGCACGACAACUUCGCCUCGGGGUUGGAGGUGUUGAAGCUCUAUCUUAUCUGACCAAUGCAUAUAAGAUGCCCUUUGCACCGUUUGUGGGUGUGAACCACCAUGGUCAGUCAAUCUUAUUUGGGUGCGGAUUAAUAUCCAAUGAGGAUGCAUAUACCUUUGAAUGGUUAUUUGGGUCAUGGUUGAAAUGCAUGAAUGACCAAUCGCCAAAGGCAAUCAUCACAGACCAAGACAAGACAAUGAAAAUUGCAAUUUCAAUGGUGUUUCCAACAUCUAGGCAUCGUUUCUGCUUGUGGCAUAUAAUGAAAAAGUUUCCUGAGAAAUUUGGAUCACAUUCUCGAUAUGAGGAGAUCAAGAGUACUCUACAGAAGUGCGUGUAUGACUAUUUAAAUCAACAUGAAUUCGAAGAACGUUGGCGCGAUUUGCUCGAUACCUAUGAUCUGCAUGAGAAUGCAUGGUUGAGAUCACUAUAUAGUGACCGGUGUUUUUGGGUGUCGGCCUAUGUUAGAGAUACAUUUUGGGCAGGAAUGUCAACUACACAACGGAGUGAAAGCAUGAAUGCUUUUUUUGACGACUAUGUUAAUUCUAAGACAACUCUCAAACAAUUUGUUGAUCAGUACGAUUCAGCCCUUAAGAGGAAGGUAGAGAACGAAGCAAUUGCUGACUUUAAUUCAUUUAACACUGAGAUUCCUUGCAUCAGUCGCUAUCCUCUAGAGAAGCAGUUUCAAGAAACAUACACAAUUGCUAAAUUCAAAGAAGUACAAGAAGAAUUACGGGGAUUUUUAUAUUUGACUACCUCGUUAUUGGGAUGUGAGGGUGGUAAAUAUACGUUCGUAGUUGCCAAUGAAGUUCAAGUGCAUGAUAACUUAUUAAAACGUGUAAACUACACUGUCAAAGUUGAUGAAGAUCCCCUUGAUGUUAAAUGCAGUUGCAAUUUGUUUGAAUUUAGGGGUAUAUUAUGCAGACACGCUCUACGUAUCUUGACUCAGCUAGGCAAGCAUACAAUACCCUCAAAAUACAUUUUGGAUCGGUGGAGGAAGGAUGUAAAAAGAAAAUACACUUUCAUCAAAAGUAAUUAUGACACAAGUAGCAACCACGAUGCCCAAAGGUACGAUAGGAUCCAAAAUUGCUUCUAUGAACUGUGUUCCAAUGCUUUAAAGGCCGAGAGUAGCUGUGUGAAAUUGAUUAGCCAGCUAGAACAGUUGAAAUUAGAGUACCCUGGGAUCGCCGAUCAUGAUACUAGCAACACAGUUGAUCCAAUGGCUUCCAUGGAGGGCAUGACAGGUAGAGUUCUGAGUCCAUUGGUAGUUUGGAGUAAGGGAAGACCGCCAUCUAGGAGAAAAGUGCACCCCAUUGAGAAUAGUCUUAAGAAACCAAGCACGAGAAGGAGAUUGCACCAUGGCGAUGUUGAGCGAAGUAGUCCCUUACCAAAUGAAUGCAAUGUGAGCGGCACACAGACUGAGGCGCCUCAAACUCAGGAUCAACAAAGUCAAAUUUGGACACAUGCGCCGGCUUUUUUUACGACUCCUUCAACUGCUACGGAUUAUUUUGGCGAUGGACGGACUGUUCCUUCCUCACAGUACACACCUGAUCAAGUAUACACAACAGAGGCUCUUCAUAUUAGACCAACUGCUCCUUCAAUGAAUUAUUAUUUGUGGAGAUGA